AUGGCUACUAAUCACUGCGUGGAUGCAUCCAGGGACGUGAGUUACAAGCGACAAAGCAGUGGACUCAUAAUGAGGAUCAGGAAAUUCAACCCCAAGGAAGUUUUCACCUGGCAGUUGGCCAGGACGUUGGCCAUGGGUCAGGGCCUGGCUGCGCUCAUCUGUGGGACGGCUAUCAGCUCGCAGUACCUGGCCACAAGCUUCCACGUGAACACACCCAUGAUGCAGAGCUUCUUUAACUACACCUUGCUGUGUGUCACCUACACCACCAUGCUCUGCAGAACAGGGGAUGGCAAUAUUUUACAGAUACUGAAGAGGCGUUGGUGGAAGUACCUUCUGCUGGGGCUGGUGGAUGUGGAAGCCAACUACGUUGUGGUCAAAGCGUACCAAUACACCACCAUCACCAGUGUACAGCUGCUGGACUGCUUCGUGGUCCCGGUCCUGAUGAUACUGUCCUGGUGGGUUUUGAAGACACGCUACAGACCGGUCCACUAUGUAGCUGUCUGCGUCUGUCUCCUUGGGGUGGGGGCCAUGGUGGGGGCCGACCUGCUGGCCGGACGGGACCAAGGCUCCACUUCAAACAUCCUGUUAGGUGACGGUUUGGUGCUGCUCAGUGCUUCGCUGUACGCGGUGUCCAAUGUGUGUCAGGAAUACACCGUGAAGAACCUCAGCAGGGUGGAGUUCCUGGGCAUGGUCGGCCUGUUCGGCACCAUCAUCAGCACCAUACAGAUGGUGAUCCUGGAACGUAAUGAAAUUGCUUCUAUCCAGUGGAGCUGGCAAAUCGGACUCCUGUUCUCUGCCUAUGCAUUGUGUAUGUAUACUCUGUACAGCUGUAUGCCCAUAGUGGUGAAGCUGAGCAGCGCCACCUCCGUCAACCUCUCCCUGCUCACCGCCGACCUUUUCAGCCUCUUCUGUGGGCUCUUCCUCUUCCAGUACAAUUUCUCUUGGCUCUACCUGGUCUCGUUGGUGAUCAUCCUCGUUGGCUUCAUCGCCUUCAAUGCUGUGCCAACACCAACUGACCACACAGAUCCCGCCACCUCCUCUUCCUCUUCCAACUGUGAGGAAGGUUACUAUGACAACUCCGUGGCCCAUCAAAAUGACAUUACUAAGCAGGAGGUGGCAGUGAGGAUCACCACGGAGGAAGAGGAGGGGGGCGGAGAGACGGAGGAGGGGUGGGACAAAGAGCAGAGGAGGAAAGAGAAGAGACCUUCAGGGCCAUCACAGAGCCUCAAACAAGGGAGCGUUGAUGAGGAUGUUGGACGCAGCACUAAAAUGUGA